AUUAUUAUUUUAUAUGUCAUUUGACAGCAAGCUUCUUUGCAAGGGAGUUGCAGAGAUUGAAAGGAUAACGGUAGAUCUAAAAGAAUUAAAAAUAACUGGAUACUGUAUAGCUUUACGAUGCAGUCCCUUGAAAACAUGGAAAUCGAUAUCGGAAAAGUCGAGCCGACGUGGGACGAGGACACACUCGUAGACGAUAGUUCAAUUGCUAGCCAAGUCAUUGGUCCGGAGAAUGGCUCUAUCCAGUGUCAAUUCAAGGCAGCGAAGCGAGAGUUUGUCGGUCAGCGGAUUUAUACCGAGCGGUUACCAGAUUGGCUUGUUAGAGCAAACAGUAUGGAAUCGUUUCGUUUGAAUCUAUGGAGUCUAGUGGAGCCGUAUAUAAAACAACCGAUCUUAGUCGAAACUGACGAGUCCGGCCAUACCGUUGCAACUUGGGGUGUACCCAAAAUGCCAACAGUAUCUGAUGCUGGCCGCUUUGUUACUUUUGUGGACAAAAGAAAUAGAAAGUCGUACUCCUGGUGUCAUCUAAGACAAAACACUAUCGAUCGAUGGAUUAAUGCUAGCAUUGUUGUAUGUAUUCACGUGUACAGUACAGCAAUGAGUUCAAGAAAUGUUUACGAAAUAGCGCGAGACACGUUGCUGAGCCCGAAAAAAAUUAAACAUCCAGUUAUUAGCAAGCAACAACGGCGGGUCUUUCCUGAAUCAGCGGAUGGAUAUAGUUUCCGGGACGAAGUAAGAGCUUUGAGGGAAACGUUUUUACAGAUGCGAGAUCUGAUGCAUGUACUGGACAAUCGAAUCAUGCUUCUGGAGGAAAAAUGCGAUCAAACGGUUCCACACGAACCGAUGAUUCAGAUGAGCGCUGGUGAAUGCAGUGAUGGUGUCGAAUCUGUAGGAAUGAAAGCUUUCUUAAAUUCCGAUCCAUUGUUGGUACAUACUAACAUAGAAAUAAAGGAAGAAACUUCUGAAGAGGAAAUAGAAGCACUAGACGAACAUUACGAAUAAAAAAACGUGACUUUAA